AUGGGCGACAAAAAGAGCCCUACCAGGCCAAAAAGACAAGCCAAACAGACCGCCGACGACGGCUACUGGGACUGUAGCGUGUGCACGUUCAGGAACACCGCCGAGGCGUUCAAAUGCAGCAUCUGCGAUGUGAGGAAGGGCACAUCCACAAGGCACUCCUCCACCUCUGCGGCGGCCGGGAGCAGCUCUGUCUCCGUGUCUCCGCCCGCCGCCGUGGGCGGGUGCAGGCGGAGGGCCGCGGGCCGCUCGCCGUCCCACCGCAAGACUAAUCCCCGCUUGUGUCUCCUCCACAGGAAGCCCCGGAUAAACUCCCAGCUGGUGGCUCAGCAGGUGGCCCAGCAGUACCCCAUGCCCCCCCCGCCCAAAAAGGAGCGGCGAGAGAGGAGCGAGCGCAUGGAGAAGGAGCGCCCCGACGGCGAAGGGGAGCGGGCCGUCGCGGAGGGCCGCCCCGAGGACGAGCGUCCAGACGGGGAGCGUCCAGAGGCGGAGCGUCCAGACGUGGAGCCCCCAGAGCGGGAUCGUCCUGAAGCGGAGCGUCCAGAGGCGGAGCGUCCCGAGGCGGAGCGCCCAGAAAGAGUCAGGCCAGAGGCCGACACCCCCGAAAAGGGCGGACACCCCCUUUUAGACAAGGAGCAGCCCAUCAAAGACAAGCCCGACAGAGAGAAGGACAUCAGCCCGGCCGUAACGAAGAAGCCCGGCAGCAAAAAGACCAGGUCAGUGACGCGGGCAGCCGGCCGAGUCCCCGCCGGACACCGGCCCCCGGACUCACCGCUGUCCGUUCUCUCCCCCAGACCCAAAUCAGACAGCCAUCAGAGCCCCCCCAGCGACAAACAGAGCAUACAGUCCGGGAAAUCGGCAACCAAGACCAACAAGAACUCUCACAUUUCCAGGCCCAAGCUGAAGAACAUCGACCGGAGUACCGCGGAGCAGCUGGCCAUCACCGUGGGCAACGUGACGGUGAUCAUAACUGACUUUAAGGAGAAGAUCCGCUCCUCGUCCACGUCCUCGUCCACCAUCACGUCCAGCGCGGGCUCCGAACAGCAGCACCAGAGCUCCGGCUCGGAGAGCAUGGACAAAGGCUCGUCCAGGGCCUCCACCCCCAAAGGGGACCUGUCCGUGGGGCACGACGAGUCCUUCUGAGACCCCCCCGGCCCUUUCACCGUCUCCCCUCUUCUUCCCCCCGCCCCCCCUCUGCCCACUCCCCCUCGUGCUCCUGGACACAGUGGAUCCCACAGGGGGGGAGAUAUCUCACCAUUAUUGUCACCGCCUCCAUUCCUCCAACUCUCCCCGGAUGCGGGAAGGAUCUUUCUGUGCGACGCGCCUUUCAGGGGGACUUUUCCCGGCACAGGCGAAGAGAGCCGAACCCCCCCCCCCCCG